AUGGAUGGCCUGUCAAACCUACACUGUUAUUGUCAAAUCCUUGGGCCUCAGGAAAAAGUGCAGUAUAAAUCAAGCGUUGGACAGUCACUGAGCAUACGAAAGCAUGACACAACAUCAAUUACGACUCGCCGGGAGGAAGUGGGGGUACUUUCAAAGUCAUCACCGGCGCUCACAGUCUCCAAUGGGCGUGGAGAGACCAUUGUCAAGUUUCCUAAAGAUAAUCCUUCCUUGCAUUCUGGAAGACCAAAAAUUGGUAAGGCAUGUUUAAGGAGAAUUCCAAAGAAGUUUGCAAUGAAAUUUGGGGAAGAACUUUCUGAAGUUGCUAAAGUUGUUGAUCCUACUGGUCAUGCUUUGAAGAUAGGAUUAACAAAAGCUGAAAACAACAUCUGGUUUGACGAUGGUUGGCAAAAGUUUCCUGAACAUCAUUCAAUCAGCUGUCGCUAUGUUAUAGUAUUCAAAUAUGGAGGCCUCUCCAAUUUCAGUGCCCACAUAUUUGAUAUGAGUGGCUGUGAGAUUCCAUAUCGAAGAAGUGGACUAGCAAGUGAUGAAGAGAUCAACUUUGUUGACUACUGUUUGGUUCACGAUGAAGCUGAAAUGGAAGAUGAUGGCCCUAUUAAAAUCUUGGAUUCCAGAAUUUCUUCUCCGUCAAGUGCUUUGCAAAGUGGAGUUUUUGGUGAAAGUGCAAGUAAAGGGGGAUCCAGCAGAUUGCACAGUCCAGCAGAGCAGAGUUUGGGAACCCAAACCCUUUAUAGUUGUGCUUCUGCCCAGGGGAGUCCCGGUUCUGAACGCUUGGGUGACAAAAUGAACGAAAAGCAUAUGGAGGAAGAGUAUCUUGAGACUAUAGUGUUAGACGGUUCUAAGGAAUCUAGAAAAAGGAAGGUGAUAAAAAAACAUCGAAUUUCUGGCCAGCGUGGAUCGUUGUUUAAAGAAACCAAGGCUGACAACAGCAGAUUGAAAAUCAAAUUUGAUGAAAAUGAGUUACAGUCAAAAUGGGAGGAAGAAAUGGAAAGCGUUGUUUGUAGUUUUCCAAAUGCAUCCCAAGCGAACAAAAGGGCCAUUCAAGCUGCGAAAACAUUCAAAUCCAAAAAUCCUUCGUUCAUGACUUUGCUGCAACCAUAUAAUUUCUUCAAAGGUAUUCUGAAUGUGCCUUAUGGAAUCACUAGAAGGUAUUCAACCGAAGUUUCCGAUAACAUUACUCUUAAGGUUUCCGAUGAAAGAGAAUGGCCUGCAAAACUCACUGCGAAAAAGCGUAUAAUAUCGAAGGGAUGGCAUGCAUUUCACACUGAAAAUGAUUUGAAGGAAGGAGAUGUCUGUGUGUUUGAGAUUAUGAUUGAGAGUAGAAAAGUUGAGUUUAAAGUCACAAUAUUUCGUGCAGGUGAAGGUAACAGCUCUGCCUCUUGA